CUAUGGCCUCCAUUGCCCAUAAUGUGGAACAUGUUCUGGAUAGAAUGGUCUCCUUCUAUUCACAGAGACUACGGCAGGUAGACGUACAGAAGUACUUCCUCUUGGGGAAGGAGCUUGGAAAAGGUGGAUACGGAAGAGUAAUCCUGGCAAACGACAAGAAAACAGGUCAAAGAAUGGCUUUGAAGUUCAUAGAUAAAAGCAGAAACAGUCAGGAGUCUUACCUUCGCGAGUUCAGCAUUGCAUCCUUACUUUCGUCUCAUCCCAACAUCAUCGGAUGCUUUGAGGUUUUCUUCAAAACCACUUUCAACUUGGUGUUUGCCCAGGAACUGGCUCCUGUUGGUGAUCUGUUCUCUCUGAUUAUACCACAUGUGGGAAUUCCAGAAGAUGCUGUAAAGAGAUGUGCUGUUCAGAUCUCCAAUGCCCUCGAAUUCAUAGCGGAGAAAGGACUUGUGCACAUGGAUCUGAAGCCAGAAAAUAUUUUGGUGUUUGAUAAGGAGUGUCAUUUCAUCAAGAUCACAGACUUUGGCUUUGCUAAGGUCAGAGGGACAGUGAUAAGAUCCAUGUGUGGCAGCAAAUACUACAUGGCCCCAGAGAUGUGUGCCAUGACCAUUUCAGGUGGAUUGGUUGUAGAUGGCAGCAUUGAUGUUUGGGCGUUUGGGGUCAUCAUCUACUGCUUACUUACAGGAAAGUCUCCAUGGCGGUUGGCCAGCCUUGAUGAUGAUGGAUAUAAACGUUUUGUUGAAUGGCAAAACAAUGUCAAGAUGAAUAACCCUCCUGAAGCAUGGAGAAAGAUUCCCACUAAGAUACAAAGGAUGUUUAAUGGUCUUUUGGCAAUUGAUUACUCCAAAAGAAGUCCCAGUACCAAAGUCCUUAAAUACAUAAGGGGAAGCUGGAAAGAAGAACCUGUAGAUUCAGCUAAACGAAAAGAGGGUGAAGAUCCUAUUGAAAUGAAUUCUUCUGAACAAUCUGAGGACUCAUUGGCUUCUCACCUGAGCACUUCACAGAGCUCCAGUGUUUCCAUCACAUCUACUCUUAACUCUAUGUCUUCUUCCCUUUUGACAAGAAACACUUCUGGAUCUCAGUCUAAGAUAUCUCCAGAGGCAGAAGUAGACAUUGGGUAA